CUCAACCAAUACUUAAACAAACCGAGGUCUGCCGCGAACCCAUCCCCCGACUUACUACUCUUCUACCUCCAGCAUCACCACUCCUCCCCAUUCCACACCCACAACAGUUUUUCCCCCUAACUCAUCAACAUGACUGCCUUCGUCGCACCUGUCGUCACCGGCUUCUCCUCCUCCCUCUCCGGCACCCGAGUCUGCCGCGCCGCAACCGUCUCACGACAUGCCGUGUCCAUGAAGAUUUCCCCAGCUAUGCCCUUCAUGGAGCAGCCCGCUUCUUUGGAUGACCCAUCUAUUCCAGGCAACGCAGGCUUCGACCCCUUCAACUUGUCCGGAGCCUUCAACCUCAAGUGGAUGCAAGAGGCUGAGAUUAAGCAUUGCCGUGUUGCGAUGCUUGGCGUUCUCGGUGUCGUGAUCCCGGAAAUUAUCCGCUUCCCUGGUGUCAAGGCCAUGACCCCGACCGAAGCACAUGACUUCUUCGUCAAGACUGGAGGCAUGUCGCAGAUCCUCCUCUUCGUUUCCUUCUUUGAGAUUUUCGGCUCUGUUGCCCUCAAGGCUACACUAGACGGCACCCGUGCUCCCGGUUACUUCGCCUUUGACCCCCUUGGACUCGGCAAGAACCCUGACGUCUUCAAGAAGUACCAGCUCAGCGAAAUCAAGAACGGCCGUCUGGCUAUGUGCGCCUUCGGUGGUCUGUACCACGCAGGCCUUGUGUCCAAGACCGGUGUCAUCGACCAGCUUACCCACUUCCAAGGUGUUCCCGUUUCCAUCCUCAACUAAACCUCUUACGGUGUUCCAUUUGAUUUUUGUCUGGCCACGGGGUAUCCGUAAGGGACGUAGUUGAACCGCUCACUCCUCUAGUUCUUGCGUUCACACGGCUUUCGUUUGGCUUGUAUUUCCGAUAUUCCGAUAAAUCUUGUGCCUUAUCUGUCUUUUCGACAAAUCUAGCUUU